AUGUGUGGUAGAUUUGCUCAAGGCAUGGACUUAAACGAUAUUCUAAAUGAAUUCAAUCAAGCUAUAUCAAACACAAAUGAUGAGAGUGUUGAGAACAACGUACCAGACUCGUCAAGAGUUUCUCAGUGGACACCUUCGUGCAAUAUAGCGCCAACUAAUACUGCAUUGAUGGUCUACAUGGCUGAGCCACAGGAAGGCGUUACCCAAAAGUACGUUUUUGAACCUCUGAAAUUUGGGUUGGUUCCAUCAUGGGCAAAACCAACUGAUCCUACACCGGUGAACAAAGGCAAGCAAAACGAAGGAGAAAAAUACUCUCGUGAAUUGGGCAAGCACGAAAGCAAGUACUUUAACUGUAGGAGGGAGUCACUCGCCGAACAUCGUGCAGUUUGGUCGUCUUGCAAAAAGCAUCGGUGUGUUGUACCCAUUCAAGGGUACUUUGAGUGGCUAAAGACAAAGAAUGAAAAGACGCCUUACUUUGUUCACUCCCAAACGGCACCAUUGAUCUUUUUAGCCGGGUUUUUCUCUCACAACUAUAAUUACAAGGAUAAUUUUAAUGUCAAAGAUGAAUGCUUAUCCACCUUUACAGUGAUUACAGCACCUGCUGAAAAGUUAGACAAGUAUGAUUUAUCUUGGUUACACACGAGGAAGACUUUGGUUAUCAAGCCAGGCUCGGCAGCUUGGUUUAAAUGGCUCGAUUCAAAGAGGGAAUGGGAUGAUUCAUUGAUUGACGAGGUUCUAAACACGAAAACGAAUGAAGCAUACGCGAGUAUAGAGGCGUACCAAGUGUCAAACGAUGUUGGAAAUCCAAGUAACAAGAGUGAAAACAUUCUCAAAAAGGUAAAUGGCAAAAAGGGGGUUUCAGAUUUUUUUAAGAAGCAUGUCAAGCAGGAGGGGGAGAAUACCAAAGGCAGCAGCAUCAAGCAGGAGGGAGAAGAUGUCGAGAGUAGCAGCUUCAAACAAGAGCCAAGUGAAGAUGGUAAAGAGAUGAAAGUCAAAACGGAAAGUAGUUCUCAACCAUCAUCAAAAAGGUCCAAACAUGGUAGGGACGACUCUUCAAAGAAAGUCAAAAUUGAAGGAGACUAA